UAAUGUUUCAGGUACUGAUGUGAUGUUGUUGGAAGACUUUACUUCAGACAGCUGUCAACAGAAACCUGGGAGUUACCCCAACAGGAGAAGAAGCUCUGUAACAUUUGAAGAUGAAGCUGAGCAGAUUUCUAAAGAGUCCAGCAAAUCGUCCAGUUUUCAGUUACCAAUUAAACUGUCUAAUUCAUUGGAUAACUAUGCAUCCAGCUUAGCCAAAGCAAUUGAAGCAGAUGCCAGAAUUGUUCUUUUUGGGGAAGACUCAAUUCCAGGCACUUUGUCAGGUGUCCAAACUGUUUUUGGAAGUGCAGGUUCACGAAGAGGAAGUCGAAUGAUUGCUGGAGAAAGGCCUCGAAUGGAGAGCAUUGAUGAAGGAAUUGUCAAUGAUGGGACUGAAGAAGAACACAGUUUAGUUUAAUAUGUCAAGAUUCCCAGAUGUUUUUAUCAUAAAAGCAUCCAAGAAUGUAUUCUUAGUCUACACUCUUCAAACAUUGUUAUUUAGGACUUCUCAGAAAUUACACUUAAAGGAUUGAAAUGUAUUGCUAAAUUAAUAUAGGUUCUUAAUUUCAAUAUGGACUUUUUGGAAGUAUUUUUUAAUUGUGAUUUAUAUGGGCUUUUCUUUUUAUGAGUGCAUUUUCCUUGAUAAUGACAUUUUGUUAUAUAAAAUAGGAAAAUUUU